GUGUAAUUAUAAGUUUCAAUUUUUCUACAGAGUUAACGAGCUCGGUACAUGUCAAAUUUGUACUGUGAUAUAGUCCGAAUAGCUGGUGAUUAUGCCUAUUUACAAAAUAGCUCCUAAAUAGUUAAUCUCGAACGAAUUCUAUUUAUUCAUUAAUGUUACUCUACGCAAAGUGUACCCUUUUUCCAAAAUUGUUCCUUUCCAUUAAAUAACUUUUAAAACAGAUAAAAAUUAUGGCGAUCACUCGAAAAAAGCGUUUCAUAAACUUUCAUGUUUAGGUCAUGUAGUGUAAGCCCGCAUCGCGCCUAUGCGCGAUACCAGAUUCCAGUAGCUUGAUGAUGUUUAUAGCUGACAGAUGAUUCCAAGCUCUGACAGAACAGUACGCACCAUUUAUGCCUGAUGUAUUAUUUUAACGUUUCCGUCGUAUUUUGUUGCUUAGACCUACCACUCAAACGAGCUAGUGAAGUAAUGAAAGAACCAACAGCUUCUCUCGGAUACAGCCGCUGUUAAGUAAAGUUGCUAUUUUGUCACUCUGGCCGGGAUGAGACGCGAAUGUGAUGACAGUGGGGUUGAUGGCAACAGCGGUGGCAAUCUAAAGAAACAAGGCCGUAUGGACGGCUGUUCACCUCAUCAGCGAGGGACGAACACUCCUGGCGGUGGAGGAAGUGGUAACUCUGCAGGGAGUGGCGGGCCAGGAGGGCAGCAACAGAUGUGUCCGACAGGCCCCAACGCAGGCGGAAACAAUCUGUACCUUCCACCAACACCAUUCCAGGAAACUUUAAUUGCGGCAAACCCCUUCGACGAUAGCCACAUGGCUAGCGCUCACCUCAAAGGCAAUCUAGCGAAAAAUUUUCCACCUGGUAAAGGUAAUUGUCCGCGCAAUAACAGCAGUUGUAAGGCUUAAAGACUUAAUGAAAGGUACCUCGAUGCUGGUACUGUCCUAUUUAUGUCAAAAUUUGGGCCAAACUGUUUGAGACUGUGCGAUAGCAUCAAAA